AUGUCGCGUGCUGACAUCAUCCCCGCAAUUCAUCUCGUCCCGUGGCGUGUCACUCAACUCAAGACCGCUCUCGACAUCGAACAGAGGUGUACGCCGUGGCACUGGUCGCGGCAUGCACAGCUCGUGGCAGAGUCGCUAUCCUCCGAAGGCCUGCUCGGCUUCGUCGAGAUGUGGGGUGAAAACGAGGGCAGCGUGGGCAACGAGAGCGCAGUCGCUCCGCAGCCAUGCCUGUUCAACCUCUGCGUCGUGCCGCACGCGCGGCGGAGCGGCAUCGCUAGGGCGCUUCUGGAUGCAUGCGAGGACGCGUGUCUCGACUGGGGUGGCAGCGUGCUCGCUCUACGCAGAUCGUGGCUACGUCGCGCUGGAAUCCCGGACGACGUGCUGGGCUGGCGUGCCAGGCUGGCAGGUUGGUUGGAAGGGUGGCCCGAGGUCGCGCCGCUCCGGCUGAUGCGCAAGCGGCUCAGCCCCGCCGCGACGGACAUGCCAGCAGUCGAACGCGCGUGCCGCUCAGGCGCGCGUGAUGACACAACGAUGCUGCGGCUCCAAGGGCCGCAUGGUACAUCCUCCGCGCCCUUCGCGAAUGCGUCACGCCACUGA